CCAGCCAUCUUUCUGUGGCAUGGUCUUAGUGCCACAUGCAAAGUCAGGUGAGUUUGUUGACCUCUUCUGAAAACAGUAGUGUACUCCCACGUGAGGUUGUGGCUGGGGAGGUCAGUGUGGGCCUUUCUACGAGGUGCUUGACCACAGCUGUACUUGAGGCUUACCAGGAUCCUUGGAACACCAGGAUGGACGCAGAGGAGGAGAUCAGUGGCCUGUGGUCCUCGCCAAGCCUCCAGCCCCCGGGGACUUGGCCGGGUUUGCUUCUGUACAGCCUUGCUAGCUGUGAGAAGACGCCUCUUGCAGUCUGCGCUUUUACCAUCUAUACAGGUCACGUGAGUGAUGGCUGAGGAUUUUUCAUUUGGGCAUUGUGCCUGCACUGUUAACUCUAGUUGGGUGUCUUUUGAGAGACUCCUCAUGGGCAGGAAGCCAAAAUAGGUAUGACUUCACCUCCUCCAUAGGCAUGGACUGGGAUAACAGAAGAUAAUCUGAGGUUGAGUGAUCCUCCACCCCUGCGGUGGAGAAGCACUCUGCAUCAGCUGGCAACAAAUAAGGAAGUUCGCAUGGUGGCCAUCCUGGCUCAGGGAAAUGGACAUUUUCGUGAGGGAAAAUGCAGACAAACCGUAGCACUAAAAAUAACGCUGGGAAAAGGGUAGUGGCUGAGAGAAUGGAAAAGCCCUUUGCUUGUAUAUAUAUGUGUGUGUGAGUGUGUGUGUCUGUGUGUGUGUGUGUGUGUGUGUUUAAGCAUUAACUCAAAAAAUCAUGCAUUUAAAAUUUGAUUUUACUGCUUUCACCCACUGAAUUUGCAAUAUACAUUUAUAAUAGAAAGUUAAAGAAAUUUUAACAUCAAAAUAAAAAAAAUUAUAAGAGGACCUAUAUAUAAGCGUACCAUUCCUUGAUGACCAAGGUCGAUCGACAUUUUAGUCUCUGCACAGUUCUAAUCUUUUCAUUUUAAACCCGUGCAAGUUUGAAAAUCAAAUCUGUAUUAUACAGAUAAAGAUGUGCAACUGUUUUUCAAUGAGAGAUUUGUUGUUUGUUUGUUUUUCUGCUGCCUCUUGGUGCCUCAGAGUGCUGCUGGAACUCAUGAUUCUCCUGAGCUCCUCACCAGUGGAGGCACCGACCUCCACCUCAGCACUUUCUAUAGGCAAACAUUGCAAAAUGCUGGGUACGUCAUGGAUUUCUAGAGAGCUGCAUAGGAUGAGAAGCGCGCCCUUUGUCUCCACGGCCAUAAUGGCUCUGCUGACUUCAAUGCCUUUCACUGGAGUUAGUGAGGACAACUCGAAAAUGCCAGAGAGAAUGAGAGCCCCCUACCCCAUGAUCCCCAAUGAAAAAGCGAGAGAACACAGAAAUCCCCUCACGCAUUCCCCCCAGGUCCCUUUUGUGUGGUUCCUGCCAGCACAGCAGCCAAUCCUGCUAUAUAUACCAGCAGCCACCCCUGUCCCCAUCACGCUCAACACUGAUCUCUUGCUGUCAACAACGAUGGGAAAGAUCACCUUCUACGAGGACCGCGGCUUCCAGGGCCGCUGCUAUGAGUGCAGCAGCGACUGCCCCAACCUGCAGACCUACUUCAGCCGCUGCAACUCCAUCCGAGUGGACAGUGGCUGCUGGAUGCUCUAUGAGCGCCCCAACUACCAGGGCUAUCAGUACUUCCUGAGGCGUGGGGACUACCCUGACUACCAACAGUGGAUGGGUUUCAGCGACUCCAUCCGCUCCUGCCGCUCCAUCCCUUACACCAGCUCUCACAGGAUAAGGCUGUACGAGAGAGAUGACUACCGGGGCCUUGUGUCUGAGCUCACAGAAGACUGCUCCUGCAUCCAUGAUCGCUUCCGCCUCAACGAGAUCUACUCUAUGCACGUGCUGGAAGGCUGCUGGGUCCUCUACGAGAUGCCCAACUACCGAGGCCGGCAGUACCUGCUCAGACCCGGAGACUACAGGCGCUACCAUGACUGGGGCGCCAUGGAUGCCAAAGUCGGCUCCCUGAGACGGGUCAUGGAUUUGUACUGAGCCUCAUUUUGUUUGUUAAAAUCCACACACAUGCAAUAAAUAUACAACUUGUGUUCCUGGCACUAA